AUGAAUUUUGGAGCAAAAUUUUGGGUUUUUAUUAUUAUACUUAUAUCUUCUUGUUAUGAAUUAGGAUCCAAAUAUUAUUAUAAUACUAAUGGUAUAUUUUAUUCUCCAAAUUUAUCUUAUGCUGUGAAAAUUGAAAAAUUACCUAAUGAAACAAUUAUAAAAGUUGACAAUCAAGUAGUUAAAAAAGGUUAUGUUUAUUAUGAUUACAAUAAUUGUUACUACUCUAAAAAGGAUCCAAAAGAGUAUGGUUUACGUGUAGAUUCAAUAAAUGUUAGCCUUAUUGUAACAACAGAUGAUAAUAGAACAAUAGAUAUUUGUUUAAAAUUAAGAACUACAAAAAAUAGAAACAUGAUUCAAUGGAGAAAUUAUAUGUUUAUUGCUGAUGUUAUUGCUUUAUUAAAAAUACCUAUAAUUUUGUGCAUGUUUUUUUGUAUGUGGGGAAAAACACAUUUUGUUAAAAUUCUUCUUUUUAUAUCAACAAUUCAAGUUAUAUCAACAUUCUUUUCUGAUUGGUUAUUGAUUGUUGGAAAACACAAAUUUUAUCAGUUUGUUAAUUUAACCGAAGAGGAAGCAGUUGGUAAAUUUGGAUUGCCUAGAACAAUGAUUGAUGGUUUUCUUCUUUUUUAUAUGGGAACUGAUUUGGUUAUUCAAUGUUUAACAAUUAUACUUAUUUUUAUUUAUUGGGGAUUAAUUUGUGGUAAAGAAUUUUAUUUCUUAGUUUAA